AUGUCUUAUUAUAUUCCCUACGAGACAGAGGUAGUGGUGGAGACCCCCGAUGUUGUAGAGGAAACGACAGUCAUUGAGGAGGGCCUUCCAACUGAAGUUGUCAAGGAAGAAACCAUCAUCACCGAUGAUGGUGGACAGCCUGGAGAAACAAUACGUGUGGUCCACCAAGUGCCCGAGACAAGCGUUGAGACUUUCGUUGCUGAAGACGUUUAUGAGCAGCCAGAUGUUGUUGUUGUGGAGGAGGAAGAGGAGGUCAUCCCUGGUGAUGUUGUCAUUGAGGAGACUACUAUCAUUGAGUGA